ACGGCCUAUUAUUGUGCCUUCCCUGCUACAUCUGGUGAACCUUGGGACUGGCUCCCUGCUCACAUUUUCGAUCAUCCUGUUGCUGUUCGUCCCAUAAGAGUUAAAAAUCCGAACGUGUGUCUUACAAGAUCCCCACGUGGGCAUGUACAAGGCAGAAGACCUGAAAAUAAUCAUCCUCGGCUCGAUCGGUGUGGGCAAGACCUCGCUGCUGACCCAGUACGUGAAGAACACGUUCACGGAGGACUAUCGUACCACGCUGGGAGCAAGCAUCCUCACCAAGCAGAUCACAGUGGACGACAAAGCGGUCAAACUGCAGAUCUGGGACACUGGAGGCCAGGAACGCUUCAGGGCACUGGUAUCCUCUUUCUUCAAAGGCUCGGAUGGCUGUAUGCUGGCGUUCGAUGUCACCGACACGGACUCCUUUUACGCUCUGGAGGACUGGAGGCAAGAGAUCCUGAGCCAAACGCGUCCAGGACCCCAGCAGUUCCCGUUCGUAGUCUUAGGCAACAAAAUCGACUUGACGAGCAGACAGGUCUCCAGCGCUCAGGCUGAAGAUUGGUGCCAAGACAAAAACAUCCCCUACUUUGAGGUUAGCGCAAAGUGCAACGUCAAUGUGGACCAAGCUUUCCGGCGUCUGGUGCGAGAUGCUUUGUUACAGGAUUCAGAAGCCAAAGAUUAUUACUUGACUGACUCCGUGACCCUACGACACAACCAAACACCAGACAAACGCAGCUGCGAUUGCUGA